ACCAGGCCUUGAGUUGAUUGCGAAAUGCACUACGGAUACGUGAAGCUAUUGCUGCUGCUGCUGUGCGGCCUGUCAUAUGUGGCAUGCAACGAGCAAAGAAUUGUUUUGUGCGGCGACAAGGUGCCAGAUGUUCUGGCCUCGGUCUGCGAGGGCAACUACAACUCAAAGAUGAAACGUAACUAUGUGUUCAAUUUAAACAAAGAUGCGGCACCAGAGCUGGACUCGAGCUAUUUGCUGCGUCGAUUGCUGGGCGACAGCAUUCAGUUUCAACUGAAGACGCGACGACGCAAGCGCUAUGGCAUCAAGGAAGAGUGCUGCCUAAAGAGUUGCACCCAAACCGAACUGAGUGCCUAUUGCCAGGCUGACCAGUAAGACUGUGGAUUGAAACCCAACUACUCACGAA